AUGAGUCUUGGAGGAGUGGGAGUGACCCUGCGCGACGCGGGUCUGCCCCUGCCUCAGAGGCCUGAGGAGACCAGGCCUGGUGGGGAAAGGGCGGAAGCUCAGUUGGCCUGGCCCCCCACCGCCUGCCGGAGCGACCGGAGAAAGAGCAACCGCGUCGGUUCCACCUUAAGGGGCGGACACUGCGGGCUGGGGCGGGGCUCCUCCUCGAAGUUCCCAUUUCACUGCGCUCUGCGGUGGGUGGACACUCUGCGGCAGCGACGUCAGGGCAGGUUUCCAGUCGCCUCUUCAUCACAGACUGCGUCUGGUUCCGGUUCCACAGGCACCAUAAGCCAGGACACCGAGAUAGACAUGAAGGAAGUGGAGCUGGAGCCCGAGAAGCAGCCGAUGAACGCGGCGUCGGGGGCGGCCGUGUCCGCGGUCAUGGCGGGCGGCACCGAGAAGAACGGUCUGGUGAAGAUCAAGGUGGCCGACGACGAAGCGGAGGCGGCGACGGCCAAGUUCACGGGCUUGUCUAAAGAAGAGCUGCUGAAGGUGGCAGGCAGCCCGGGCUGGGUGCGCACCCGCUGGGCGCUGCUGCUGCUCUUCUGGGCCGGCUGGCUCGGCAUGCUGGCGGCCGCCGUGGUCAUCGUCGUGCGGGCGCCGCGCUGCCGCGAGCUGCCUGAGCAGAGCUGGUGGCACAAGGGCGCCCUGUACCGCAUCGGCGACCUUCAGGCCUUCCGGGGCGGCGACGCGGGAGAGCUGUCUGGCCUGAAGGAGCAUCUCCCUUACCUGAGCACCCUCAAGGUGAAGGGCUUUGUGCUGGGCCCCAUUCACAAGAACCAGAAAGAUGACGUCGAUGGGACCGACUUGGAGCAGAUCGACGCCACUUUUGGCUCCAGGGAGGAUCUGGACAGUCUCCUGCAGUCGGCCAAGAAAAAGGGCCUCCGGGUCAUUCUGGACCUCACUCCCAACUACAGGGGCCUGAACUCGUGGUUCCUUCCCAAUCAGAGUGACACUGUGGCCACCAAGGUGAAGGACGCUCUGCCGUUUUGGCUGCAGGCCGGUGUGGAUGGGGUCCAGAUUCGGGAUGUGGAGAGUCUGCAGGAGGCGCCAUCAUACUUGGCCGAGUGGCACAACAUCACCAAGAACUUCAGUGAAGAAAGGCUCCUGAUCGCAGGGACCGAGUCCUCCAGUCUGGAGGAGAUCCCGAGCCUGCUCUCAUCGAGCAAGGACGUGAUGUUGACCAGCUCAUACCUGUCGGCCUCCGAUUUCACUGGGCAGCAGACAGAAGCCCUGGUCACCCAGUAUUUGAGUGUGACUGACAAUCGCUGGUGCAGCUGGAGUUUGUCUCAGGCGGGGUUCCUGGCUUCCUUCGUGCCGGCUCACCUCCUCCGCCUCUACCAUCUGCUGCUCUUCACCCUGCCGGGGACCCCGGUGUUCAGCUCUGGGGAUGAGAUUGGCCUGAAGGCAGCUGCCCUUCCUGGACAGCCUCUGAAGGCACCAUUCAUGCCGUGGGAUGAAUCCAGCUCCACGAACAGCUUAGGACCUGUGAGCUCCAACAUGACCGUGAAGGGCCAGAGCGAGGAUCCCGACUCCCUCCUCGCCCUGUUCCGGCGGCUGAGUGACCUUCGGGGGAAGGAGCGCGCCCUGCUGCACGGAGACUUCCACGUCCUCUCCUCGGGGCCUGACCUCUUCUCCUACCUCCGCCAGUGGGACCAGAACCAGCGUUUCCUGGUAGUGCUGAACUUCGGGGAUGUGGGCCAAGCUGCCGGGCUGGGGGCCUCCGGCCUGCCCGCCAGCGUCACCCUGCCUGCGCGGGCUGACCUGAUGCUCAGCACUCAGCCCGGCCGCGUGGAGGGCGCCGCUCUGGAGCUGGAGCACCUGAACCUGCAGCCCCACGAGGGGCUGCUGCUCCACUUCCCCUACGUGGCCUGACCAGGACCCCGCCCUUCCCCUCACGCCCCAGGCCCUUUGGGUUCUGGUUUGUCCCUCUCUUUUCUAAAUUAU